AUGGCGCCACAAGUUGUGCUGAUCACCGGAUGCUCGACGGGGAUAGGUCUGGCCACCGCCGUGUGUCUAGCAGCGGAGAAACAACAUGAAUUCAAGGUGUAUGCAACCAUGAGAAAUGUGGGGUCAAAGGGCAAGCUGGAAGCCGCAGCGGGUGACACUCUCAACAAGACGCUCUUCAUCCGGGAACUUGACGUCACCAAGCAGGACACCAUCUCGUCCCUCGUUGACGAGAUCUUGCGGGAAAAUGGGAGAAUUGACGUUCUGGUCAAUAAUGCUGGCUUCAGUGGUGUUGACGGCAUCGACAAGAGAUCCAUUGAGUGGUGUCAGAGCAUGAUGGAUACCAACUACUGGGGCGUGGUCAGAACCACCAGGGCCGUGUUACCAGCAAUGAAGAAACAGAAAUCCGGCCGAAUACUGAAUGUGACAAGCGUCUCCGGUAUAAUAGGUACCCCUUUCUACGCCACCUACGCGUCUAGCAAAUUUGCCGUUGAGGGAUUCUCCGAGUCCAUCGCGGCAGUGUUGCGUGAUGGUUACAAUAUCAGAGUAAGCAUCGUCGAGCCGGGUCCGGUAGCUACCGAACUCAUGGCCAAACUCGUGGCAAACCAGGAAGGGCACACCGAGGGCUUCGACGACAAGCUGAAGGAGAUGUACCUGGCUCGCGCCAAGAACAUCCGCCCCCUCCUGAAGGCGGUGACCCAGAGCGCGGAUGAGAUAGCCAAGCUGCACCUAGAGAUCAUACUGAGCGAGAACCCUCACCUGCGGUACCAGACUAGUCCGGCUAUGAAUAAGAUGGUGGCUGAUAAGUUGAAGGAUACUACUACGGACGCACUACUGGAUGCGCUCAAACGCUGAGAUCCUAGACGAAACAUGUCAUCUAUUUGCCUUUUCGCGAUGUGGUGGACACAGUAAAUUAGUAAGGGUGCAGGCCAGUAGAUAGCCCGAAAUUGCCUACGCCGGCCAAAUCACGAUUUACAUGCCCUAAAUUCACCGGUAUUAGAGCAUUUUGAGCACCAUGCACUUGAGGGUUUGUAAAAAAAAAAAAAAAUAAGGGUGGAAGCCGUUCAGAGGACCUGCUUGAUCAUGUUUCUAUUAAAUUCGGAUGAAAUGUUGCCCUAAAUUGCUAUAUUUUGCAAUGGAGCGUAGGCAUCCUUUUUCAAAAUGGCGAUUGGCCUCAGUACUACUUUUAAGAGUGAUCAUCUUUGGAUGAAAUUUCUCCCAAAAGUCAUUGGUCAACCAAUAUAACAUUGAAUAGAAAAUGAAAGAUGAUGAAAUAAGCUUUAAUUCGAUGUGUAUCUCAAACACCUUGAAGAGUUGUGAGCAUUUUAUUAGUAAAUUUUGGAAGUGCGCGUAAUUGUCACUGAGGACUAUGAAAGUCUAUUUACUGGUCUGCAACUGUAAUAGCGCAUGCCUUCAUAUUGUGUCCGCCAUGUUUCGAAAGGCUAAUGCGUGUGUUUGAGAAGUGAUGGGCAGAGUGUUGCUGUGUGAUUCUGAGGAUUAGGCCUACAUUUGGAAGUCUUUUUAUUUACCUUAUCCUAGAUUCUAGCUAAACUGAUCAAAAAUUAAACCUAUUUUGGGUGAAAAAAAGAGGAAGGCAAGGCAGUGGUAGUUAUUACAGAUACAACUUUAUUUUCCCAAACAUCGUGAUUUCGCAAUGCUUUAUAAAAGCAUCGUCCUAGUUUUCUUGUACUCGCUUGGAUUUUAUUUUCCGUACACGGCAUACCUCAUACUCAGCUACAAUAAACCUUUAAACAUGCAUAUUUUACCUGAUUAUAUUUCAUAUUAUAUAGCACCAUAGGGACAUUGUAUAGCACCAUGAAAAAUGAAACAGAUGAAAUCGCAACAUAGAUGUUUGUACACCUAUUUGCCUUCCACCGCUCAUAAAUUGUACAAGUACAAGGAAUUGCUGUUCUGUUUAACUUGAUUAAGUUAUAAGAAAUAGUUAUCGGGUAACUCUUAUUAGGUUUUAAAAAAAGGGAGAAGUUUUCCUCUUGUUUUAAUAACAUUAUGCUGUCGAAGAUUAUGACCACUUACACCA